UUUGGAGGUGGCAGCAGCUUACGUUCGUCAACGCGAAUUAGUAAAGUGAACGGUGUUACAAUCUAACAAUACUUUUGGAUUUUUGAGAAGAAAACUAAUUGAGUUUGCGUUAGUUAUGGAAGCAACAAGGAACAGAAAUAAUUCAGGAAAUUUUGAUUCGGAAGAAAUAGAUUUUGGUACUGAAGAUUUGAGUAACCAAUCUAAGAAUGAAGAACGUAGUGAUUCUGUAAAAUUAGGUUUGAAAUUGACUGAAAGCGUUUUGGGUACAAGCAGCAGCACACAGACAGCCGACCAUGAAAUAAAUGAUACAACUGUUCAAGGAGUAGAAUCUGAAGAACGUGAUAAAAUAGUGAAUUCAGAUAACGCACUUGCAGCAAACCGUGAAAUAGAGGAUAUUACGACAAUCGUUCGGGAAGCACUAAAUGAAGACAUAAAUUUAAAAGAGUCCAAAGAACCUCGUUUAGUGCAGUUUCCACUUAGCAAAGUUAAACAGAUUAUGAAGUUUGACCCGGAAGUGCACAUUAUUUCCGCGGAUGCCAUCUUCCUGACUACCAGAGCAGCUGAGCUUUUCGUACAAACUGUGAUUAAAGAAGCAUAUUUACAUGCAACAGCUGCGAGAAAAAAAACUAUCAAUAAGCGAGAUGUGGAAUCUACCAUCGAAUCAAUUGACACACUGAUGUUUCUCGAAGGAAUGAUGAAUACAUGAUAUGAAUGAGGCGAUUUGCAGCCUGCUUCACGAACUGUAUACUAAGUAGUUUUUAUAAAUUUUAUUGUUAACGAUACUCUAAAUCAGUAACUUUUUCUUCAUUGGUUUGAAAUGCUCGUAUUAAACUCAUUUGUACAAAGGUCUAAAUAAACUA